AUGGGCGCACCGCAGACCCCUAAACCAAUUGAUGAUGAGUUCGCCCCGCGAGUGGAGGUAGUCGAUGAGCUUCGGGAGACGCAAGACCGCAAGCUGGAGCGUCGUCGUGCGGGCGGACAGGCCGGUCCAAGGCGACGUGGCCUCGACAGCGACCUCGAGACCGAGCGCCGAAGACCGCGCCGAAGACCGAAGAGGUUAGUUCCCACUCUUCUCCGACACUAG